AGCGCGCAAACAUUCCAUUUUCAAAUUUCACUCUCUCAAUUGUUUGUGAACUUUAUUAGUAGCCAGUAUUUUUUUUUAUCUAUUGAAAUAGAAAUAUUUGAACGGAAUAAUUUUUAAUCUGUGAAAAGUGUUUACUUUUAUUUUCAAAUUUAUUUUAUUUUUUUUCACAUCACAAAUACGUAAAACGCAAUCAUCCAUAGCAUUUGAGAACAUCGUGACAUAAAGCAUGUGCCGCACUUUCUAUCGUUGACAGUAAUAAAUGUAAAUGUUUAACAAACGAUAAGAUUGUAAACCUUAUUACCAAGCAUUAAGAACUAAUUUACAUUAUCAACAAUAAUGCACGCUACUAGAGGAAUCAGAAAACGUGAAGUGUAAAAUGAAAAACGAGGAAAAUUUACGAAAGAAUGUAAAAGAUUUACAUUUGAAUUGAGGAUAAAGUCGAUUACUAUAACAAUGUACCAAGCUAGGUGGUUCAUGCUGGUUAUAGCGGCAUUAGCGCUGCAAUCUAAAGGAGAUGGCGGUAUACGAUUACCUGAUCAACCGCCCAAAGAAGAUAUAGAAGGCAGAUCUUUGAAUUUCGGCAAUGACAAUGGACGAUCGCCACAAGCAUCCGGACGAGGACUUCUGGAUUGGAUCGGUCUCGGUGAGGACCAAGACCCAUACAUCCAGCAAGCGACGCAGCAGUGCAUCAACGGUGACCUAGCCGAUUGCUUCAAAGCACAAGCAUUGAGAUCAUUCGAUGAUUUCUUUGACAAACAAGCAUACAAAUUAUCAGACAAUGCAGUUCUGGUGAAGGUAGAGUCGCAGGCUCGCGCGCUGGCACAUGAACCUCCAGAGCUGAGCUCGCAGCCGCGCAGCGAAGACACGGAUUGGGAUGCACUAGUCAAAUUUGGAAUGAGGAAAAUUGAAAGGUUCUUAAGGUCUACAGCACUGGAGAUGCAAUUAGAUGAUGACGUCACAUCUAACGGUGUUAUUGCCCCUCGUUUCUUAGAUCAGAUCGCAGAUGAAGUCGAUAUCAUCGAAGACAAGAAAGCACCCUUCCGUCGUCACAAGCUAAAGAAGCUAAUAAUUCCUAUGCUGCUGAUCCUCAAGCUGUUCAAGCUGAAGCUCCUACUCUUCCUGCCUCUCAUCCUCGGUCUCGCGAGCUUCAAGAAAUUCCUAGGAUUCAUGGCUCUUAUUGUACCAGGCGUCAUUGGCUACUUCAAGUUCUGCAAGCCUAACCUCACUUCACCAUUCUCCUCCAACCACUACUCCGGGCCUCAGUACUCUCCAGCGGGUAUCGGCAUCCACAGCCCUUUUAGAGAAAGUCCACCACACUACGCUCAAUACGAAAGUUAUCCCAACCCUCAUAAAUACGGAUCAAAUGGCAUCGCGUUCAGGGACCAUGAAUCAAGCCCUCAGGACCUCGCGUACCAAGGUUGGGAAUACAGGAACAAAAACGGUGGCGAAGAAAUUAAAGCGGAAAGCGCUUGAAGACUGAUCAUGAAUGUAAAAAAAUGCAGCGCUGUUUUGCUGCAAGUCAUUUAUUUUUUGUAAAAAUUACUAAAAAAGUUUUUGCUAGUUUUGUAAAACCGAUAUUUUUAAACGGUUUCUCGGUAUACUUUAUAAGUGAAAUGUAAAUAGUAUCUAUUAGUUAUAAUUUACUAUAGAUAUAAUAUUCUUUAAUACUCAGUGCAUUAAACGAAUAUUUAAUAAAUUAUUUUAAUAAA